GGCACAAGAAUUGAUUUAAGCUUAAGCUUAACUUUAGAUUCUCGAAAUUGUUUUUAGUCUCAAAAUGUCCUCGAAGCCUUUGGAUGCUUGCAAUAAUGGCGAUUUUCAGUUAGGAUUUGGGGCAAACAUGAGCUUUGAACCAGCAAGCGAGAUUCUCAGUCCAGCAGAUUCGCGAAAGAGGACGGUACAACACGACAAAGGACCAGCACGAAACGAAGAGACGUUUGUACAACCGGAGCCUCCGAAGAAACAUAAAGGAACACAUCCAACUCACAUGACCGGACAAGAUCGCGACAAUCAGAUGAAUCCCUCAGAUCAUAUGACAUCACAUGUGCAGCAAGGAGGUUCCUUCUUGCACCAGAAUCCCAGUGAACCGGGUAGCAGUGAUGAUAAAGCAAGGCUCGAAGCUGUUUUACGAGAACUUGGCCAAGACAUGAAGAUGGUGUAUUUGAAAUGGGCACAGCCUUUCGCUGAGGGCGAAUCUUUUGAAGCGUUUUGUCCUGCAAGGCUAGACGAACUUCUGAGGGAGGCGCAAAGGCUGGAACAACACCUCAAGAAUCAAAAAGAACGUCUAAGGGAGAGGUUGACCGUUAUUACAAGAACUCUGCAAAAGCCAAUGUUGUAAAUUGUACACUUGAACACAUCAGGGAAUUCAAGAAGACUCAUCAAAGGGUUU